AUGCAGUACGGCCCCUGUGACCCAGCCCGGACCCAAAACAUCGGGCGCUCCCCUCCGCAGUUCGGAAAAUACCUGGAUGAGAAGAAACGGGCCCUGUGGGCCCCACAUUACGUCGACUACAAGGCCCUGAAGGAUCUCAUCAAGGACUGUGCGGCUGCUGCCGAGCUGAACGAUGGCUGGCAAUCAUCCCAGGUGACUUCGCUGUCCGUCACUCGCUUCAGCUCCCGGGACCUGCCCGAGGAGCAGUUCUUCAAGCGCCUGGACCAGGAAGUGUCCAAGGUGGGCAAAUUCACCGCCCAGCUGGUGACCACGCUGCGUGGCCGCCUGCAGAAGCUGCAGGACUCGGUGCAUAAGGACCUUAAGCCCGGCGAGAGGGACGAGCUGCUGGAGGAGGCCAAGGCCAUCGGCGACGAGUUCCUGCAGCUCGAAAAGUACGUCAACCUGAACUACAUGGGCUUCCACAAGAUCCUGAAGAAGCACGACAAGGCGCUGCCCCAGACUCCCUGCCGCCAGUUCUACAUCUCCCACCUGCACCAGCAGCCCUGGGUCCAGGGCAACUACUCUGAACUCAUGGUUGUCCUCUCCAACAUCUUCUCUGAGGUUCGAGGCGAUACCCUGGCCGAGGCCCAGGGCGGAUCCGCCCAGGCGUUCAACCGCUCCACCACCAAGUACUGGAUCCGCACCUCCGACGUGUCGGCCGUCAAGCGCACCAUCAUUGAGAACAUGCCGGUGUUCGUGUUCAACGCCGAGAACUACUCGGGCGACGCGCAGCUGGUCAACUCGGUGUACUUUGACAAUGACAGCCUGGAGCUGUACCACGGGCGCCUGGACAAGAAGCCCGGCGCACUGGCCAUCCGCGUGCGCUGGUACGGGCCCAACGACCCCUCCCUCUGCUUCGUGGAGCGCAAGAUCCACAAGGAGUCGUGGAAGGGGGAGAAGAGCGUGAAGGAGCGCUUCACGCUGCCUGAGGCGAAAGUGGUGCCAUACAUCGAGGGCGAGUACACGGCGGAGGAGUAUGAGGAGGGCCUCCGAGCCAAGGGCAAGUCGGAGGAGGACAUCGCCAAGGCAUCCAAGCUCUUCCGCGAGAUCCAGCUGACCAUCGACAGCAAGCAGCUGAAGCCGUUUGUGCGCACGCAGUACAUGCGUUCCGCCUUCCAGAUGGGGCACGACCGCUCCGUCUCCUUCACCCUGGACACCAACCUGGUGAUGCUGAAGGAGAACCCCGAGGGCGCGCCCACCUGCGCCAUCUCGGGGCGGUGGUUCCGCGACCCCGCGCUCCCCGUCUCGCGCACUGAGAUCACGCGCUUCCCGCACGCCGUGCUGGAGAUCAAGCUGGCGCUGCCGGAGGGCGAGUCGCCGCCGGAGUGGGUGGCGGACCUCAUGGAGUCGGACCUCAUCACCGAGGUGCACAAGAUGAGCAAGUUCAUCCACGGCACUGCCACCCUCUUCCCGGAGAUGGUCAGGGCUGUGCCUUACUGGAUGGACGACGAGUCCAUCCGCGCCUCCAUCCUCAACUCGGCCCCAGAUGCCAAGCAGAUCGACUCCAGGGCGCGCGACGCCCAGAUCGUGCUGGCCUGGCUGCCGGGUUCAAAGAACAAGAAGCCCAUGGCCACCACCAUUCCCCAGCGCCUGGAGCCCAAGACAUUCCUGGCAUCGGAGCGGACCUUCCUGUCCUGGAUGCACAUGGCCAUCACCCUGGCGUCCAUCGCCACCGCGCUGCUGGCCUUUGCGGGGUCCAGCAAGGACAAGCUCGACCCCCUGCACAAGGCAAGUUGUGUCGGCGGCAACCUGGUGCUCUUCGUGGCCUUCAUCCUGCUGCCCCUGUCCAUCCUCAUCGUGGCCUAUGCUGCAAUGGUGUUUGUCUGGCGCAGCAACCAGAUCGCGCUGAAGCAGGCGUCAUACAUUGACGACAGGAGGGGCCCAUAUCUGCUCGUGACCCUGGUGGUGCUGGCGCUGACCGCCAUCUUCGUGGCUUCCAGCGUGGACCUCGUCACGGCCUGGAAGGAGACCCACUCCAGCUGCUUCACGGACAUCGUGGUCAUCGGCGCGGCACAUGCCCUGGCCAUCGUCUGCAGCCUGGCCAGCCUCCAUGCCUCGCUCCUGGAUUCCAGGACCUCCAAGUACCGCCUGGGCACGAGUGACCGCCGGCGACAUGUCGCGGCCGCGGUCCUGGCCGGCGCCGCCCUCCUGGUCCUCGCCCUGCAGCUCAACGCCCGCCUGGCCGCGCACGCGCUGCCCUUGGUGCACGGCGCCGCCGCGCCCUUCGAGUGGGCGGCCUACACCCUGGCCGCGCUUUCCUGGUCGCUCCUCGUCGCGCUGUUCGCGACGCACGCCAGGGCCUUUGCCCCCGCCUCGUCGCCGGCCCUGUGGCGGUUCCCUCCUUUCCUUGUGCUCACCGGCAACCUGGCCAAGCUCCGCUUCGUGCUGCAGUCGGAGGAGCGCAGCGACUACUUUGCGGCCCUGUUCUACGCCUACGUCGGGCUGCAGGUCGCCCUGUGCCUGCUCCUACUCUGGCUGGCGCCAGAUUGCCGGAAGAUGGUCCUCGUGGAGCAGGGCACGGGGCCGGACCCCGACACCGCGGCCUACUUGCCGCUGCAUGACGACGAGGACGUCUGCCCCGAGGUCCGCGCCGGCCCCCUCUCGCGGCUCACCUUCAGCUGGAUGGGGCCGUUGAUGAAGCGAGGCUACCGCGCCCCCCUCACCUUUGCCGACGUCUGGCGCCUGCCGCCGGCAGACAGGUCGGCCACCCUGGACCAGCGCUUUGCCCACUUCUGGGCGGCCGAGCGGCAGCGGAACCCAGAGAACCCCAGCCUGACACUCGUGUGCUGGCAGGCGGUGUCCCACCUCUUCCUGCCCGCCAUCCCAGUGAAGAUGAUCUCCGAUGCAGCCCAGUUCGUGGCCCCAGUCUUCAUCAACCUGCUGCUGAGCGCCGUGUCCAGUGGUGCCCCUGACCGCACCGGCUACCUACUGUCCCUGGGGCUGCUGGCGGGGCUGCUCACGGGAACCCUGGCCGACAACCAGCAAUUCCAGCUCACAAUGCGUGCAGGCUACCAAGUCCGCUCCAUGCUGACACACGCUGUGUACCACAAGAUCCUCUUCCUGACACCCAAUGCCCGGGCCCAGUUCUCCAGCGGCCGUCUCUACUCUGCCAUUGGGUCGGAUGUGGACACGCUGCAAAACCUGAGCCAGGGCAUCCUGGGCUUCAUCAGCAGCCCGGUCCGAAUCAUCGGCGCCCUGGUCCUGCUCUACUUCCAGCUCGGCAUUGCUGCCAUCACCGCCGUCGCCUUUCUGGUCCUGCUCCUCCCGGUCCAGGCCUGGCUGGUGAGGCGUCAGCGCGCCAUCCUGCGCGACUCUCUGGCCGCCACCGACGAGCGCGCCAAGCUGGAGUCGGAGCUGCUGGGCGGCGUGGACGUGGUCAAGUGCUACGUCUGGGAGGACAGCUUCCUGGACCGCAUCCGCGGCGUGCGGGACCGGGAGCUGUGGAUGCUGUGGCGUGCCUUCUUCAUCGCCUCCUCCAACACCGUCAUCAUGCUGGCGGUGCCCGCGGCCGCGGCGGUGGGCGCCUUUGGCACCUACGCGCUGCUGACGCACAAGGCCCUAACCCCCUCCCAAGCCUUCACCUCCCUGAGCCUGCUUGCGGUGCUGCGCUUUCCCAUCGCCAACCUGCCGCAGCUGGUGGCCUCAGCUGUGCAGGCCAGCGUGGCCCUUGGCAGGCUGCAGGCCAUCCUAGCCAGCCCCGAGCAGGGCGAGGUGGAGCACCUCCCUCCUGCCGGCCCCGGCGAGGCGGCGGUGUCCCUGCACGGCGACUUUGCCUGGGCCUUGGACCUGCCCCCCAGCCUGCGCGACCUACACCUGGACCUCCGAGCCGGCCAGCUGGUGGCGGUGGUGGGUGCCACCGGCUCCGGCAAGUCUUCGCUCCUCUCCGCCGCAUUGGGUUUGCUGGAGCGGCUGGGCGAGUCCCCCCCGCGUGUGCGCGGCCGCAUCGCGCUCGUCCCCCAGACCGCCUUCAUCACCGCCGAGUCGGUGCGAGGCAACGUGCUGUUCGGCGCGCCCCACGACCCCGUGCGCUACGCGGCCGCGCUGCGCGCCGCCGCGCUGGAGCCCGACCUCGCCCGCUUCCCGGCCGGGGACGAGACCGAGGUGGGCGAGCGCGGGGUCACGGUGUCGGGCGGGCAGAAGCAGCGCAUCGCGCUGGCGCGGGCGGUCUACGCCGACGCAGACGUCGUGUUUCUGGAUGACCCGCUGUCGGCCCUGGACGCGCGGGUGGGCCGCCGCGUCUUCCGCGACUGCGUGCAGGGCGCGCUGGCGGGGCGCACGCGGGUCCUGGUCACCAACCAGCUGCAGUAUGUCAGCUCCGCGGACCGCAUCCUGCUCAUGCGCGACGGGCGGAUCGUGGAGGACGGUACCUACGCGGAGCUGAUGGCGGCGGGGGGGGAGUUUUCUGAGAGCAGCCUCGGAGCUCGCCGGCCGACGCGAGCCGAGCAGGCGGAGGCACCGGGGGCCCGUCUGGUGGAGGAGGAGGGACGCAGCACCGGCAAGGUGUCCUGGGGCAUCAUGCGUGGCUACAUCACCGCACUCGGCGGGCCACUCCUCGUGCUCGUCCUCCUCGCCGUCUUCAUUGCCGUGGAGGCGGCGCGUGUGGCUGCCCAGCUCUGGCUGCAGCACUGGACGGGGGAAGUGGACCGGACGCAUGGUCACACCAAGCGCUCCAUUGGCUUCUACCUGGGCAUGUACGCCGCGCUGAGCGCGACCCAGGUCGUCUUCACGGCCAUCUCGCAGUACUUGGCGCGGUACAUGUCCCUGCUCGCUUCACGACGCCUGCACGAUGCGAUGAUCGCGCGCCUGGUCCGCGCCCCCAUGUCCUUCUUCAACAUCACGCCGCUUGGUCGCAUCGUCAACCGCCUGACCAAGGACACCUCGGAGCUGGACAAGAACCUGACCGACUACUCCGCCUUCUUCAUGCGCUCCGUGUUCCAGCUGGCCUCCACCGUCAUUCUUGUCGGCGCAUUGAACCCCUUCACCCUCUGGGCCCUCACCCCCAUUCUCUUCUCCUUUGUCGUCCUGUACCAGUACUUCCAGACUACGGUGCGUGAAGUGAAGCGCCUGGACUCCAUCUCGCGCUCGCCCAUCUACACCUCGGUGGGCGAGGCGCUGGGUGGGCUGGCCUCCAUCCGAGCCUUUCGCGCGGAGCGGCGCCUGCUGGCGCGCACCGGCCGCGCGCUGGACGGCAACGUGGUCAUGUCCCUGGCCAACAUGAGCGCCAACCGCUGGCUCAGCAUCACGAGCCUGACCAACAUGACGCUGCGCAGCGCCAGCCUGGCGGAGGUGUCCUUCAACAGCGUGGAGCGCGUGCUGGACUUCCGCGUCCCCGGCGGCACCACCUGCGGCGUGGUGGGCCGCACGGGGGCCGGCAAGUCCAGCCUCAUCAACGCCCUCUUCCGCCUGGUGGAGCUGGAGGGCGGGCGCAUCACGCUGGACGGCGUGGCCACUGACACCCUGGGCCUGGCCCAGCUGCGCGGUGCCAUGGCCCUUAUUCCGCAGCAACCCGUGCUCUUCACGGGCAGCGUCCGCUUCAACCUCUCGCCCUUUGCCGGGCACAGCGACGCAGCGCUGUGGGCCGCGCUGCGCCACGCGCACCUGGCCACCGCCGUGGAGUCCAGCCCCCUGGGCCUGGACAUGGUCAUCUCCGAGGGCGGCGCGCCCCUGAGCGCGGGGCAGCGGCAGCUGCUGGCGCUGGCGCGCGCGCUGCUGCGCCCCACCAAGGUGCUCAUCCUGGACGAGGCCACCGCCAGCGUGGACGUGGAGACCGACGCCCUGAUCCAGGACACCGUUCGCCGAGAGUUCGGCGAGUGCACGGUCGUGGCCAUCGCGCAUCGCCUGCAGACCGUGAUCGACGCGCACAAUGUCUUGGUCAUGGACGACGGGCUGGCCGUGGAGUUUGGGUCGGCCGCGCAGUUAUUGGCCAAGCAGGACGGCGUCUUCACAGACAUGGUGAGGGAGACGGGCCCCGCCAGUGAGCGCAUGCUGCGCGCGCUGGCCGAGCAGGCGGCCGACGCUGUGCACCUUGCCGUGCCGGCGCGCAGCGGCGGCUCCCACCUCUCCACGCGCUCCGUGGACCUGCUGGCCUCCCCGCCACCGUCGCCGGGCGGCGCCUCGCCGCUGCGCGCGCUGGGCACGCAUUCGCGCGAGCUGAUGGCGGCGGCCGGUGGCGCAGCCGCGCAGCUGAAGAAGGCGCUGGAGGGGCUGGAGGCACUGGCGACGGGGGAGGAGGAGGUCAGCAGUAUGGCGCAGCGCGCGCAGCGUGACGUCGACGAGCUGGCACGCGGCCGCCCCGGCGCGCAGUGGGACGGGCUUUGA